UAGUCCACAUCGGAAGUUCGGACUAGGCAGAAGGCUCCUGGAAAAGGAAGUGAAAACGUUGCGAACGUAAUGAACGUAUCUGGAGCGGAGAAGGCUAGGAAGAGAGAAGGCAUUAAGGGGAAGUGACGCUCUCCUCGCUCAGGGCGGAAGUUCCCCGCCCCACCCGUAAGAGUUGGGAUUUGACUAAAGGCAAAAGAGGAUCUUGCCCGCGUUCGCGUUGUCCACGGCUCCUCCUCUUGCUGCUGCGGGCGUGAUUCCUGGGAGUCAGCCCCAGCCUCCCUGCAGGAUCCUCCCGCGUCUCUGCAGCCUUUCAGUAUCCUGGAAACCGAGAUUGCAGAGAAUUUCAGUUGCUGUUGAAGUUCUUGGCAUCACGGUCCUAAGAGAAUUCUGCCCUGUAGAUUUAGAGCUGAUAAUAGACGUUUCUUUGUUUUAGGCGAACUGUGAAUUUGAUGGACCACACAUCCCCGACCUACAUGCUUGCUAACUUAACCCACUUACAUUCUGAACAACUUCUACAGGGCUUGAAUCUUCUUCGUCAACAUCACGAACUCUGUGACAUCAUUCUUCGAGUAGGUGAUGUUAAAAUCCAUGCUCACAAAGUGGUACUUGCCAGCAUCAGCCCAUAUUUCAAAGCUAUGUUUACUGGAAACCUUUCUGAAAAAGAGAACAGUGAGGUUGAGUUUCAGUGCAUUGAUGAAACUGCUCUCCAGGCCAUUGUGGAAUAUGCCUAUACAGGGACUGUUUUUAUUUCACAAGACACAGUUGAAUCUCUCCUUCCAGCAGCAAACCUACUCCAGAUAAAACUUGUCCUGAAAGAAUGUUGUGCAUUUCUUGAAAGCCAACUUGAUCCUGGUAAUUGUAUUGGAAUUUCUCGCUUUGCAGAGACAUAUGGUUGUCAUGACCUUUAUUUGGCAGCCACUAAAUACAUAUGCCAGAAUUUUGAAGCAGUUUGCCAGACUGAAGAGUUUUUUGAGCUUACGCAUGCUGAUUUGGAUGAAAUUGUUUCCAAUGACUGUUUGAAUGUAGCUACUGAAGAGACUGUUUUUUAUGCACUUGAGUCUUGGAUCAAGUAUGACGUCCAAGAACGCCAGAAAUACUUAGCACAGCUACUUAACAGUGUACGAUUACCAUUGCUGAGUGUUAAGUUUCUCACUAGAUUAUAUGAAGCAAAUCAUCUUAUUCGUGAUGAUCGCACUUGUAAACAUCUUUUGAAUGAAGCUCUGAAGUACCACUUUAUGCCUGAACACAGACUCUCUCAUCAGACAGUCUUGAUGACACGACCUCGCUGUGCUCCCAAAGUACUUUGUGCAGUAGGAGGAAAAUCUGGACUGUUUGCCUGUUUGGAUAGUGUGGAGAUGUACUUUCCUCAGAAUGACUCUUGGAUUGGUUUGGCACCCCUGAACAUUCCUCGCUAUGAAUUUGGAAUAUGCGUUUUAGACCAAAAAGUGUAUGUUAUAGGUGGUAUUGAAACUAACGUGCGUCCUGGCAUCACUAUCAGAAAACAUGAAAAUUCAGUCGAAUGCUGGAAUCCUGAUACAAAUACCUGGACUUCUCUUGAGAGAAUGAAUGAGAGCCGAAGUACCCUUGGAGUAGUGGUACUUGCAGGAGAACUUUAUGCUUUAGGUGGUUAUGAUGGACAAUCUUAUUUACAAUCUGUAGAGAAGUAUAUUCCCAAAGUAAGAAAGUGGCAACCUGUGGCACCAAUGACUACAACAAGAAGUUGUUUUGCCGCAGCUGUGUUGGAUGGAAUGAUAUAUGCCAUUGGUGGGUAUGGUCCUGCCCACAUGAACAGUGUGGAGCGUUAUGAUCCAAGUAAGGACUCCUGGGAGAUGGUUGCAUCUAUGGCAGAUAAAAGGAUUCACUUUGGUGUGGGUGUCAUGCUAGGCUUUAUUUUUGUGGUGGGUGGACAUAAUGGUGUUUCACAUUUGUCAAGCAUUGAAAGAUAUGACCCUCAUCAAAAUCAGUGGACUGUGUGUAGACCAAUGAAAGAACCCAGAACAGGAGUUGGUGCUGCAGUAAUUGAUAACUACCUUUAUGUAGUGGGUGGUCACUCAGGGUCUUCCUAUCUGAAUACCGUGCAGAAAUAUGACCCUAUCUCAGAUACAUGGCUGGAUUCAGCUGGCAUGAUAUACUGUCGCUGCAAUUUUGGAUUAACUGCACUUUGACAAGUGUGGACUUGUGGAAAUAGCGUAGUGAUGAACCUUGUGCUGCAUGAAAGGAUGCCCAGUUUUCUGAAGCCCAAAAGCUACAUUGCUUUCUUUUUAACUUGAAAUGGCAUGAAGACUCAAAGUUUUGUUGGGUACUUUGAACUGACAAGUAGCUUUGGUUGCUCUUGAUUAUACAGUGAAUCAAUAAUCCAAGAAAAAAAAAAAAAGGAAAGAUCUUGCCAAUUGAAUUGUGCACUUUUUUUUCCUAAUACUGGGAUAGAAUAGUUUUAUGUUCAUAAGUGUACAUGUGGAGAAAACCUUGCUGCUUUUUAAAAAAAAUUUAGCUUUCUUCCUCCUCCUUGUUCUGCACCGUUUUUUACCAGGAUGAGAGAUGCUUAGAUGCUGGAGUAUACUGAGUGACUAGACAGAGUGCUGAUACUGUUGGAUAUAAAUUCAUAUGCUUCACAUUUUAAACAAAGGGCUGCUUUUUUUUCUGGUACUUUUAAGGGUUGUAAAUUACAUGCCAUACUGAGUCACGUGGAUAUUCUUCCUGCUAAAUGGCUUUAGGGCUGGGGAUGUAAUAAGUUUUCAAGAUAAAUGCAUUUACUAUCAUGAUUUCGGGUCCUAUUUUAAGCAAUCAGAUACUUACUGUGUAUGCCUUUUUUAUAUGGGCAGGUUAAUGCUGGAUGAAUUUAGUUACCCAUCUAUGGUAUGCUAAGCAUGGAUAGAAAGAGUUAAGCAUAUCAGUUUCAAUUUUUUUUUAGUAGUCCAGCAGGCUUCCCAGUGUUGAUGUAAAUAUUUGAUAAAUGUUUAGUACCACCCUUAGUGCACAUUAAGUUUUUUCAUAUAUGCUUACAAUAAUUUUAGUUUUUUUAAGACUUUUGAUUGCUUUUUCAAAGUAUUCAGAUAUAAAAAUGGUGCUAACUGUAGGAUCUGUAACAGGGCUAUAAAAAUGUUCUUUUGGAUGUUAAAUAUGAGAUACGCAUGACGUGUUUUGAUAGUAUUUUUCAUUUUUACCGGCUUGGUUCAUUUGUGCUUAUUAAAAAUGUUAGUGUUUAUACUAAUAUUUACAUCCAAAAAACAUUCAAAUGGCCUGUUAUGCUUUUCAUGGUUCCUGAAUAGUGAUUUAAAGAAAGAUACAUUUUAUCUUCUUUCUUCUUGUGCUAGAUGUUACAUGCCCUUCUUAAAAACAGAAAUAUAUGCAUUAAAUAUAAAGCACUAGGCAGUUAAGCAUUAUUUUGUACAUUUCUUAGGUAACUGAAUAUUUUAAAGUUAUUGAGGAAAACUGGAACUUGAUGUUUACUUGAGUAAUGGUUCUAAAUUCAGUUCCACUUUGACUAAAGAAACGAUCUUUUAAAGCAAAAUUGUUUGCUUUACCCAAGUGACAGCUUAUUUAAAAGAACUGGUUAAUUCAUUUUGUUUUGCAUGUUUUAGUAAUGUCUCUUAAUCUUGAAUACAUUACUUUGCAUUUUAUUAGGAUGUUGGUACUUGUGUUUUUGGUACUGUAGUCAUUUUGUUUUCCUUCCCUUGAUUUUUUCUUUCUCUUUUCUUUUUUUUAACUGCCCACUAUCUCUUUAUAGUCUCUACAAAACUAUAUUUGUUUCCUAAGAAAAAGUUCAUAUUGCAUUCUUAAGUGCCAUAAUGUUCAGAACUAUUGUUAAGAAGCCAUUUGUAAUUAUAAAACAUAGGUUCAUUUUUAGCAUAUAUGUUAUUUCUUGAAAACUAUUUAUAGCCAGGCAAUUUUCAGUUUUCCUUGUUCUUCCAUAAACUGCCAGUUGUAGACUUAAAUAUAUACUGCAAAACUGUGUGAACUCAUCUUUAAUCAUAUAAGUAGUUUCAUGCUUUAUGAAUAUUUGCACAGAUUAUAAAACCUUGCAAGUGAUUUUUAGUCUCUUUCUAAUUAAGAACUCAACAGGAGCUACUAAUAAAAUUGACAGGCUGAAUAUUUUCUAUGUUGCUUGUUUGAAUAACUUAAUGAUAUAUAGCAAUAACUUUUUAAUUGAUUUGAAUAAAUCUGUUGAAUAGAAACAA